AUGGAAUUUGUGAACAGCUCUUCACCAAGAUACGAGUGUCUCCUAUUCGAUUUGGAUGAUACUCUUUAUCCUUUAAGCUCCGGUUUAUCAGACGCAUGCGCUAACAACAUCAUAGAAUUCAUGAUUGAGAAGCUUGGAAUAGAUGAAGACGGAGUUGUUGAACUAAACCAAAUUCUCUACAAAAAAUAUGGAACUUCAAUGGCUGGUCUAAAGGCUGUAGGUUAUGAAUUCGACAAUGAUGUGUACCACAGCUUUGUUCAUGGGAGAUUACCCUAUGAAAACCUUAAACCGGAUCCGGUUCUGAGAAAUCUCCUCCUUAGUCUACCUUUUCGAAAAUUGGUUUUCUCGAAUGGAGAUGAAGUCCACGUGAUGAAAGCUCUAAAAAGACUAGACAUCGAAGAUUGUUUUGAGAAAAUCAUAAGUUUCGAGACCUUAAACCCUAAGAUCAACGAUUCUUGCGACGCGGAUUACCUUCCCGAGAUUCCGGUUAUCUGUAAACCAACUGAGAUUGCUUUCGAGAAAGCCUUCGAAAUUGCACAGCUCAAUCCUGACACUACCUUGUUCUUUGACGACAGUGUCCGGAACAUCCAAACCGGUAAAGCCGUGGGUCUCCAUACAGUCCUGGUUGGUAAGUCAGAAAAAGUGGAAGGAAGCGAUUACGCGUUAAAAAGCAUUCACAACAUGAAAGAAGCAUUUCCGGAGUUAUGGUCGGAAUCCGACAACAACAAGGAAUCUGAGAGAAUUGCCUACACCACACAGAUCUCUAUUGAAACUUCUGUUGAAGCUUAG